GGAGGCGGAGGCGGCGGCCGGGGGGCGCAGGCGGGCUUCGGGAGGCCCGGCGGCAGCAUCAUGGCGGACAGAGACAGCGGCAGCGAGCAGGGUGGCGGCGGCGGCGGGGCUCCGGGCCCGGGCGGCGGUGGCGGCGGCGGCGGCGGCGUGGGCCUUCAGCACGAGACGCAGGAGCUGGCCUCCAAGCGGGUGGACAUCCAGAACAAGCGCUUCUACCUGGACGUGAAGCAGAACGCCAAGGGCCGCUUCCUGAAGAUCGCGGAGGUGGGCGCCGGGGGCAGCAAGAGCCGCCUGACGCUCUCCAUGUCGGUGGCGGUGGAGUUCCGCGACUACCUGGGCGACUUCAUCGAGCACUACGCGCAGCUGGGCCCCAGCCAGCCGCCGGAGCUGGCGCAGGCCGCGGACGAGCCGCGGAGGGCCCUCAAGAGCGAGUUCCUGGUGCGCGAGAACCGCAAGUACUACAUGGAUCUGAAGGAGAACCAGCGCGGGCGGUUCCUGCGCAUCCGGCAGACGGUCAACCGCGGGCCGGGCCUGGGCUCCACGCAGGGGCAGACCAUCGCGCUGCCGGCGCAGGGGCUGAUCGAGUUCCGCGACGCCCUGGCCAAGCUGAUCGACGACUACGGCGUGGAGGAGGAGCCGGCCGAGCUGCCCGAGGGCACCUCCUUGACGGUGGACAACAAGCGCUUCUUCUUCGACGUGGGCUCCAACAAGUACGGCGUCUUCAUGCGGGUGAGCGAGGUCAAGCCCACCUACCGCAACUCCAUCACCGUCCCCUACAAGGUGUGGGCCAAGUUCGGGCACACCUUCUGCAAGUACUCGGACGAGAUGAAGAAGAUCCAGGAGAAGCAGAGGGACAAGCGGGCCGCCGCCGCCACCGCCACCGCCGCGGCCUCCUCGCCCUCCUCCGGGGGAGCCGAGCAGCCGCCCGAGGCCGAGGGGGGCAGCAGCAGCAGCAGCGUCGCCGCCGCCGCCGGCCCGCCGGGAGCCUUGCUGCAGGCCGAGGAGCCGGAGGAGGAUUGAUCUCCAUCCCUCCUUGCCUCCUUCCUUCUCCUCCUCCUCCUCCUCCUCCCCACUGCCUUCCUCCUCCUCCUCCCCACUUGGCUGCCUCCUCCCUGCCCUGCUGC